AUGGCUUCCCUCACUAACUUCUUAGCAAAACCCCUUCAAAAUCUUGUUUCCCUUACAAAAUUUACCCCUUUUCCUUCCCCUUUUCCCACCAGUUUUCCACCCUCCCCUAAACCUAAACAGUUUCCGUCAAAUUUGGAAACAAAUUUCAGAGGUUGCAGUUUCAUCCCAAAAGCUGCAGCAGCCUCAGGUGUGAAAAAAGUAAGCAGCGAUGAGAGAGUACAGCAAGUCCACAGUAUUGAAGAAUUUGAUGAAGCCCUACGUGCCGCGAAAGACCGGCUUGUCGUUGUAGAAUAUGCAGCGAGCCAUAGUUUUCAGAGCAGCAAGAUCUACCCUUUCAUGGUCGACUUAAGUCGAACAUGCAACGACGUAGAUUUUCUUCUCGUAAUGGGGGACGAGAACGAAAAAACCCGAGAACUUUGCAAAAGAGAGAAAAUAGAACAAGUCCCCCAUUUCAGUUUCUACAAAAACAUGGAGAAAAUCCAUGAAGAAGAAGGCAUAGGCCCCGAUCAACUCAUGGGGGAUGUUUUAUACUACGGUGACAGCCAUUCUGCUGUGGUGCAGCUGCAUUCUAGAGAAGAUGUGGAGCGUCUGAUUGAUCAAAACAAAGUUGAUCACAAAUUGUUGGUUCUUGAUGUGGGACUGAAGCAUUGUGGGCCAUGUGUUAAGGUUUAUCCAACGGUGGUUAAGCUGUCGAGACAGAUGAGCGAUACUGUCGUAUUUGCAAGAAUGAAUGGGGAUGAAAAUGAGAGUUGCAUGCAAUUCUUGAGGGACAUGAAUGUCAUUGAAGUGCCAACAUUUGUGUUCAUAAGAGAUGGGGAGAUUUGUGGAAGAUAUGUUGGAUCUGGUAAAGGAGAGCUUAUUGGAGAGAUUCUUCGAUACCAAGGAGUUCGUGUAACUUAUUAA